AUGUACGCUCCUCACCUUCCAAGACCCAGCCCAUGUCCCUGUGCGAUAAGGCACAGAAACCCCGCCCUUGCUGUUAUCCUUAUUAUCCUUGACACCGCACGCCGUGCGACUUUCUUUCUUUUGACGCAGCUGUUGCUUGUGCUUCUUGCCCCGCUGGGAUAUAUCACUGACACGGGCUGGCAUCUGAUCCAGAGAUUAUUUGCAUGGUGGCUUGCGAAGUCGCCCCGGGCUGUGGCGCGGAGGCGCAUGGCGGCGGCGGAGAGCUUUGAGGAGUGGGAGGCCGGGGCGGUUUUGUUGGAUGAGGCGGUGGGGAGUGAUGCCUGGCGCGAGAGUCACCCCAGCAUCCACUACGACUACCGCGUGAUUAAACAGAGGCUGCGAAGCCUCAUCCAGGCCAAAAACAACAACGACAUCUGGGCCAUCGUCCAUCUCAUCCGGUCCGGCCUGGUGAGGAAUCUCGUCAACAUCACCUCUCCACAGCUCUACGACCACUCGCACUCCGGCACCAAACUGCUAAUUGAAGAGUACAUCGCCGAACUGGGGCGUGCGAUAGAGUACAUCACGGCACUGGAGACGGUGCCUCGCGACCCGAAAGCCUUCGACUCGCAGGAUAGGCUCCAAUUGCUGCAUGACACGCGACAGGCAUUCGGGAGAUCGACGCUGGUUCUGCAAGGAGGCGCCGUCUUCGGGACUUGCCAUCUGGGCAUUGUCAAGGCGCUGUUAUUGAGAGGACUGUUGCCGCGGAUCAUCACUGGGACUGCGACGGGGGCGCUGGUUGCGGCUCUUGUGGGGGUUCAUACGGAUGAGGAGCUUUUGCCGAUAUUGAACGGGGAAGGGAUGGUCGAGGCUAUAUCUGAUCGGCUGUUGGAGCGGAACCGUAGCAAGCGGCAGAGCAUCUUGGGGCUCCUCACGCGUGGUGAUGGCCACGGGUGGUUGCCGACUUUGAUCCGCCGGACCGAGGAAUACAUCCGAGAGAGCUAUUUUCCGGAUCUGAAACUCUUGGAGGAAUAUGUCAAGGCUACUGUUGGUGAGAUGACUUUCGAAGAGGCGUUUGCGAAGACGAAGCGUUCUCUGAAUAUUACUAUACCGAUUCCCGGGAAGGCGGGCACGCCGAAUUUGCUUAAUUAUCUGACCGCGCCUCAUGUGUUGAUAUGGUCCGCCGCCGCCGCCUCGAACGUGUCCUCCGUAAUUUCGUCUCGGGUGACGUUAUACUGCAAAGAUGAGACAGGAGCCAUCGUUCCCUGGCCCGACGGCGACGGCCUCUUUUUCCGGUCCUGGCGCGAACUCGGCUGCAGCGAUCGCGAAUGCCCCCUCUCCCGCCUCUCAGAACUCUUCAACGUAAACCAUUUCAUCGUCGCCCAAGCCCGCCCUUACCGCAUGCCCCUCUACCUCCCCGAAGAGCAACAGCGGCCUGGCAAGGUGCGCCCGGCCAGAUGGACCUUCAUCGAACGCACAGGCCGCAUAGUGAAUCUGGAGAUCCGCCAUCGUCUGCGGCAGCUGGAUAGUGUAGGCCUGUUGCCGACGCCGCUCCGUCGGCUGUUGAUUUACGAGGAUGUGCCUGGGCCUCAUCUAACGAUUUUGCCAGAGUUGGGGGUUUGGGAUCUAGGGCGGGUGUUUGAGAGGGUGGAUGCGAAGGCGGGGUUGGGGUUGGGGAAGUGGAUUUUGAAGGGGGAGAGGGGGGUGUGGCCUGCUGUUGCGGCUGUCAGGGUCCGGUGUACGGUUGAGCUGGCGCUGGAGAAGGGGUACCAGGUUGUGAGACCCGUGUCGAAGCCUGGGUUCGGGGUUGGGGAUGAGUAA